CAAGAACGUUCACCUAAAGAAAGUAGCACCACAAGAACGCUGCUUCACAGUUCACUCACAAGCAUUUUGUUCCUAUCCCUCUCUACCUUAAACCUGUGGUGCUCCUUCAACGCUCGAGAAAAGCUUCUUCCUCUCAAUCUGUAAGCUCCCUCAACCAAGUUUUCUCUGAAUUAUCAAAUCAUGGUCUCUGCGAUGCUCAAUGGAGCUGAGAAUCUCACCCUCGUGAGAGCAAUAACCCCAAACGGGUUGAGUUUCAACGGGUCGGAUCUUCACGGGAAGCAGUUUCUGAAAACGGGGUUUGUUUCAGCCGCAAGAAUUCCCAAAUCUUGUGGUAGAAUCAGUGUGCCCAGAUGCAGCAGCAGCGGCGGCAGCAUCUCGGCUCCUCGGCCGGCUUCUCAGCCGAGGUUUAUUCAGCACAAGAAGGAGGCUUUCUGGUUCUACAGAUUCCUCUCAAUUGUGUAUGACCAUGUUAUAAACCCCGGGCAUUGGACCGAGGACAUGAGGGACGAGGCGCUUGAGCCGGCGGAGCUCACUGAUCGGAGAAUGAUUGUGGUGGAUGUUGGUGGCGGCACGGGGUUCACCACUCUGGGGAUUGUGAAGCAUGUGGAUGCUAAGAAUGUCACCAUUCUUGACCAGUCACCUCAUCAGCUUGCCAAGGCUAAGCAGAAGGAGCCCUUGAAGGAGUGCAAGUUUAUAGAGGGGGAUGCUGAGGACCUCCCUUUUCGAACUGAUUACGCUGAUCGAUAUGUAUCUGCUGGGAGCAUCGAGUACUGGCCAGACCCGCAGCGUGGCAUCAGGGAAGCAUACAGGGUCUUAAAACUCGGAGGGAAAGCAUGCGUAAUUGGUCCUGUGUACCCAACAUAUUGGUUAUCUCGCUUCUUUGCCGAUGUAUGGAUGCUUUUCCCAAAGGAGGAAGAGUACAUUGAGUGGUUCAAGAAGGCAGGGUUUAAAGAUGUCCAGCUGAAAAGAAUUGGCCCAAAAUGGUAUCGUGGGGUUCGCCGCCAUGGAUUGAUCAUGGGAUGUUCUGUAACAGGCGUUAAACCUGCGUCCGGGGAUUCUCCUUUACAGCUUGGUCCAAAAGCAGAGGACGUGACAAAGCCGGUAAACCCGUGGACGUUCUUCGUGCGGUUCAUGUUGGGUGUCAUGGCAGCAACAUAUUAUGUACUGGUGCCGAUAUACAUGUGGAUCAAAGAUCAAAUUGUACCCAAAGGCCAACCAAUCUGAGAGAGAGAGUUGAUGCCUUUCUGGUUCUACUCCUAGUAGUAGUAGUAGUAGGCAAGCAUAGUUGUGGUGUGUGUAUGCAGGAUGAGAGUGAAUUGUUGAUGACCGAUAUCGCAAACAUACAUUAUAAA